AUGGAUGUGACCGAGAUAGCCGAACAGACCUUGAACACUUCAUGCCUCUCUCCAGCCUGCCAGCAACAGGACUACGCGGAGAUCGAGAAAAGGUACGAGGCCGAGCGGCAUCAGCAGCUUCAAACUCGAGGAAAGAUCCCUGAUGUCAACAUCCGCACAAACACGCGGUUCGAGCAGUUCUCAAAGGACCCUUGGCUUGAUGAUUCGAACAAGAGACAGCAGAUACAAUACCAUCAACGUCGUCACAAUGGUAAACAUCACAAAGUCCUGAUUAUUGGGGCCGGGUAUGGCGGCCUUCUAUUUGCGGUUCGGAUCAUCCAGACCGGGGCAUUCACUGCUGAUGAUAUCCUGAUGGUCGACACAUCAGGCGGGUUUGGAGGUACCUGGUAUUGGAAUCGAUAUCCAGGGCUGAUGUGUGAUGUCGAGAGCUACAUCUACAUGCCCCUCCUUGAAGAAACAGGGUACAUGCCGCGAGCUAAAUACGCCUCCGGACCUGAGUUGAGGGUUCAUGCGGAGCGCAUUGCUGACACCUGGAAGCUCUCAAACCGUGCCAUGUUUGGGGUGACUGUCAAAAGCCUGGACUGGGAUGAAGUUGGAAAACACUGGAGUGCGCGAGGUUUGGUUCUUGAUUACGAGAAAGACCAGAGCAAAAAGGCCAGCCUUCAUCUGAGCGCUGAUUUUGUCAUGCUCGCGUCCGGCAUUUUUGCCAGUCCUAAAAUCCCAGACUUCACGAGCAUCUUGGAGUACCAUGGCCACAUGUUCCACACUUCUCGCUGGGACUACGGCUGCACAGGUGGAUCGCCGGAAAAUCCGAAGCUGUGCAAACUGGGUGAUAAGAAGGUCGGCAUCAUCGGAACUGGUGCCACUGCCAUCCAAGUGGUGCCGCACCUGGCACAGUACAGCAAGGAAUUACAUGUUUUCCAGCGAACCCCUUCUGCUGUGGAUAAGCGCGACAACCACCCGACAGAUCCGGUAUGGUGGAAUAAAAUGCUUCAAUCGGAGGGCCCCGGCUGGCAGAAGAGACGCAUGGAGAACUUCAAUGCUUUCACUGGCAACGAACAGCCACAGCCAGCGGUCGACAUGAUCGCGGAUGGCUGGACUUCCAUGCCUUCUUUCAGUAUUAUUGGCGGAUCGCCGGAGAGUAAUGCGACCGACUAUCUACACCGCAUGAAAGCAUUUGACUUUCCGAGACAGGAACGGAUUCGUGCGCGCGUGAGGGAGACUGUCCACAACAAGGAGGUGGCGGAGGCGUUGUCCCCGUGGUAUCCCGGAUGGUGCAAACGGCCAUGUUUCCAUGAUCACUAUUUGGCCGCCUUCAAUCGCCCAAAUGUGAGACUUAUUGAUGUUCGUCAGAGCGGUAUCGAUCACUUCACGCCGAAAGGCUUGGUGGCGGACGGCAGAGAACACGAGAUUGAUGUCUUCGUUUUCAGUACAGGCUACACGACUUCACGGUCGAGUCCCGGGGGGCGCGCUGACAUAGCCAUAACCGGCCGUAAUGGGCUAACGAUGGAGCACAAAUGGCAGAAUGGCCUGGCAACACUCCACGGAGUCAUCACACGCGAUUUCCCCAAUCUAUUCUUUCCGGGCCCUAGUCAAGCCGGAACGUGUUUGAACCACACCUACACCCUGGACCAGCUGGCCACACACGUGGCUUAUAUAAUCUCAAAGACGUUGAUAAAGAUCGGAGCCGCUGAUGCGGGGUACUCCCCUCGAGUGGUGAUUGAGCCAACUAAGGAAGCAGAGGAGGAUUGGGCUGUGCAAGUGUUGGCGCGGGCCGCAACUCAUGGCGCGCUCAGUCAAUGUACGCCUGGAUACUACAAUCGCGACGGCAUGGCCAGCGCCAUGAAAAGUCUGUCGAUGGAAGACAAAAUGAAGUUAGGCCGGAUGGUGUCGUGGGGAGAGGGGAUCGGCAGCUACAUGGAUCAGAUUGUGAACUGGAGAGGGCAAGGGGAACUUAGGGGUCUCGAGAUACAUUGUGUAGACUAA